AGAGCCUGCUUCAGUCUCUGGCUUGAUUUUUUAGAUGAUAAAAUAAUCAUCACGAGGCAGGACACAGCAGAGAAUUCAGCCCGUGUCGCUACUUCUGCCCUGCCAGCGAGCAUAACAUAAAUAGUGAUGAUAUAGGUGGAUGUAAAGUAGAGAGAAAGAGGGUUAAAGUUGGUAGCAGGUGCUGUUAUUCAGAACUGUGGGCAUGGAGAUUGUGUGUGCGCGUGUAUGUGUGUGUUUGUUAGGGCAGAGGGUGGGAAGUCAGCUUCGGGUUACCCUGAGGCACAACUGGGGAGAAAGCUAUGAGUGUGUGUGUGUGUGUGUGUGUGUGUGUGUGUGUUAUCAGGUGGAGAAGUGGUAUGUUACCUCCAAAAAAAGCCACCAGUGUCUUCCACACGUGUGAGGGGAGAGUGGGAGAAAUCCGGGCACCGGCUCAUUAUCAGCGAACAUGGGGAAAGGGUACGGACAUGAAAGCAGCCCGGAGGCGGCACCAACGGGAGGAAAGAGGAAGAUGAAGGAUAAAGAUUUAGAUGAGCUGAAGAAAGAGGUGUCACUGGAUGAUCAUAAGCUGUCUCUGGAUGAGCUCAGUACUCGUUAUGGAGUUGACCUUGCCAGAGGUUUGACCCAUAAGAGAGCGAUGGAAAUCCUGGCACGUGACGGUCCAAAUGCACUGACCCCUCCGCCCACCACCCCGGAGUGGGUGAAGUUCUGCAAGCAGCUGUUUGGAGGAUUCUCCAUCCUGCUCUGGAUCGGUGCCAUCCUCUGCUUUCUGGCCUACAGUAUUCAGGCAGCCACAGAGGACGAGCCUGUCAAUGACAAUUUGUAUCUGGGUGUGGUUCUGUCUGCUGUGGUCAUCAUAACCGGCUGCUUCUCAUAUUAUCAAGAAGCCAAAAGCUCUCGGAUCAUGGACUCCUUCAAAAACAUGGUGCCUCAGCAAGCUCUGGUGAUCCGUGAUGGGGAGAAGCUUCAGAUAAAUGCAGAGGAGGUGGUUCAGGGAGACCUGGUGGAGAUCAAGGGUGGAGAUCGAGUCCCGGCCGACCUGCGCAUCAUCUCCUCCAGUGGCUGCAAGGUUGAUAACUCAUCUCUCACUGGAGAAUCUGAACCUCAGACUCGAUCUCCAGAGUUCACUCAUGAAAACCCUCUGGAGACCAGAAACAUCAGCUUCUUCUCCACUAACUGUGUGGAAGGUACAGCCCACGGCAUAGUGAUUGCUACAGGCGAUCAUACAGUGAUGGGCCGCAUUGCGACUUUGGCAUCUGGUCUGGAAGUGGGUCAAACGCCCAUCAAUAUGGAGAUCGAGCACUUCAUUCACAUCAUCACAGGGGUGGCCAUCUUUUUAGGCAUGUCCUUCUUUAUCCUGUCCAUCAUUCUGGGUUACACCUGGCUGGAGGCCGUCAUCUUCCUCAUCGGCAUCAUCGUCGCCAAUGUCCCUGAGGGUCUGCUGGCUACUGUCACAGUCUGCUUGACUCUGACAGCAAAGCGUAUGGCUCGCAAAAACUGCCUGGUGAAGAAUCUGGAAGCUGUGGAGACUCUUGGUUCCACCUCCACCAUCUGUUCGGAUAAAACUGGGACCCUGACUCAGAACCGGAUGACCGUCGCUCACAUGUGGUUUGACAACCAGAUUCACGAGGCCGACACCACUGAAGAUCAGUCAGGUUGUGACUUUGAUAAAAGCUCUCCCACCUGGUUCUCUCUGUCUCGAGUGGGGGGUCUUUGUAAUCGUGCUGUUUUCAAAGGAGGACAAGAGGACAUUCCUGUACGCAAGAGGGAUACAGCAGGAGACGCCUCAGAAUCUGCUCUGCUGAAGUGUGUGGAGAUCUUGUCUGGCAGUGUUGAGACUCUCAGAGAGAACAACCGUAAAGUGGCCGAAAUCCCAUUCAAUUCGACUAACAAAUACCAGCUGUCUAUUCACGAGUUAGAAGACAGUCCUACUGGACACCUGCUGGUGAUGAAAGGAGCUCCAGAGAGGAUUCUGGACAGGUGCAGUUCCAUAAUGAUCAACGGAGAGGAAUUCCCAAUAGACGACGACUGGAUGGAUGCAUUUCAGGGAGCCUAUAUGGAGCUGGGCGGACUGGGUGAAAGAGUUCUGGGUUUCUGCCACCUGUUCCUCUCUCCCUCUCAGUUUCCAAGAGGGUUUGAGUUUGAUUGUGACGAUGUGAAUUUCCCAGUCAAUCAGCUCUGUUUCCUGGGCCUAAUCUCCAUGAUCGAUCCGCCCCGAGCUGCAGUGCCAGAUGCUGUGGGCAAAUGCCGUUCGGCGGGUAUUAAGGUCAUAAUGGUGACGGGUGACCAUCCUAUAACUGCCAAGGCCAUUGCUAAAGGUGUUGGCAUCAUCUCUGAGGGCAAUGAAACAGUGGAGGAUAUUGCCGAAAGACUUAAUAUACCACUGAGCCAAGUCAAUCCACGAGAUGCUAAAGCCUGUGUGGUCCACGGUUCAGACCUGAAGGACAUGAGCUCCGAGUAUCUGGAUGAUAUUCUGAGGAACCACACGGAGAUUGUGUUUGCUCGCACUUCACCUCAGCAAAAGCUCAUCAUCGUGGAGGGCUGCCAGAGACAGGGUGCCAUAGUGGCAGUGACAGGUGACGGGGUGAACGACUCUCCUGCUCUGAAGAAGGCUGACAUCGGCGUUGCCAUGGGAAUCACAGGCUCAGACGUCUCCAAGCAAGCAGCUGACAUGAUCCUGCUGGACGACAACUUUGCUUCAAUCGUUACAGGAGUGGAAGAGGGUCGUCUGAUCUUUGACAACCUGAAGAAGUCGAUUGCAUACACGCUGACCAGUAAUAUCCCAGAGAUCACACCCUUCCUGCUCUUCAUCAUCUUCAGCGUUCCUCUGCCUCUGGGCACCGUCACCAUCCUCUGCAUCGACCUUGGCACUGACAUGGUUCCUGCAAUCUCUCUGGCGUACGAGUCGGCAGAGAGUGACAUUAUGAAGCGUCAGCCCCGAAACCCCAAAACUGACAAGCUGGUGAAUGAAAGGCUCAUCAGCAUGGCUUACGGACAGAUCGGUAUGAUCCAGGCUCUGGGAGGUUUCUUCACCUAUUUUGUGAUAAUGGCUGAAAAUGGAUUUCUGCCUCAAACACUGCUGGGAAUUCGACUGGAUUGGGAUGACCGUGCAGUUAAUGACCUGGAGGACGGCUAUGGACAGCAAUGGACGUACGAACAGCGUAAGAUCAUCGAGUUCACCUGUCACACCUCGUUCUUCGUCAGCAUUGUGGUGGUGCAGUGGGCCGAUCUCAUCAUCUGCAAGACACGCAGGAACUCCGUCUUCCAGCAGGGCAUGAAGAAUAGGAUUCUCAUUUUCGGCCUGUUUGCCGAGACGGCUCUGGCAGCUUUCCUGUCCUACUGCCCCGGUAUGGACAUUGCCCUGAGGAUGUACCCACUCAAGAUUAUGUGGUGGUUCUGUGCUUUCCCGUAUAGUCUGCUUAUCUUUGUGUAUGAUGAGAUCCGUAAGUUUAUCCUGCGGAGAAAUCCAGGAGGCUGGGUGGAAAUAGAGACCUACUAUUAACAGCAAUAUGCAAUCUCUGUGCAUGACUGCCAGUGUACGUGUGUGUGCGUGUGUCUGUUUGUGUGUGAAAGACAUGAAGGUAAUGAGACAAAUGAAGGAUCAGACAAUCGUGUCAUUUAUCAUGUAAGAUUGAAUGUAUGCGACUGUGUGUGCGAGUGUGUAAAUCCACCGAGCAUAAUCUGUUUACAUGAUGUAUCCUGAAUAUCGUUAUGCUCAAUAAUGUGAUGAUUUAAUAGUGGAAUAGUGUUCAGGACCAUUACAUUUCUGCUGAUUUGAUUUUUGCUGUGAGUUUAUUACUUUUCGCCUUGUUGUAAGCUUUCAUUUAGAGUUCAUUUACUUUACGUUUGCACUUGUGUGUUAAAUGUAGUACAUUAGGGGCACAAAGUAACGCGGGGUAAAAUGUAACAUGGAGUUUUAAGGUAUUUGCUCAGGGUUAACCAUGGCAUGCUUCCGAGGUUUUCACCACAUGGUCGGCAGACGUCUUCCUGCCAAUUAUUGAAAACGUUUGGUGAAAUUUGGAUGAGAAACACAGGAGAAACCAUUUUUGCAGCAUAAAAGUAUUUUAUCUUUAUCUUAUAUCUUAUAUUGUUGGGAUUACCGUCUUCUAGGCUAAAAGAUGAAACCAUUUUGAAAGAUGUAGAAAACACAGUGACUGCGAGCAAGUUUUGAGGAAGACACGACACAGCGGGGUUAGUUGUAACAGAGCGUUAUAAAUAAGCCACACACUGUUGGACACCAAUUAAACAAACUAAAUAUUUGUUGAAUUUUGAGUGUAAUGUUAAAAACUUUUUAAAUAAAAUGUUUUUUAACAGAAAAUAUUUUUUAAUUUAAUUAAGUAUUUUAUUGCUAAUACUACAAAUAAAUGCAUUGUAUAAUAAUGGAUAAUAAUCCAAAUAAAUCCAAAUGUGUUUAUCCAAUAAAUAAAUACAUAAAUAAACAUACUGCAGCUCUGCACAAGACUAUUGGCCAUAGGAGAAAUGGUCAUGCAACUGAGCCUGGUUUCUCUGGAGAUGUUUAAUUCUACACUUUCGCCAGUUGGUGAAUUUUUUUUCCUCGCCGCUGUCGCCACUGGCUUGCUUGGUUCGGGAUCUGUAGAGCUGCGCAUCGAUGGAUUACUCUUCAGUGUUUGGACUCUCAGUAGUGAUUAUUAAACCACACUGAACUGAGCUAAACUGAACUUAAACACUGAAAACUGAACUGACACUGUUUCAAUUUACUAUGAUCUUCUAUGUGAAGCUGCUUUGACACAAUCUACAUUGUAAAAGCGCUAUACAAAUAAAGGUUAAUUGAAUUGAAUGUAGAAUUUAAAUGAGUUAAGUACUGAGGAAAUAUAGCUACUUUUUAAAGUAAUUUGCAUUUUUAAGUAUGUGUUACAACUAACCCUCUGUCUGCUACAACUUGCCCUGCAGGUAGGGUAAAUAGCAACAUUUAUACUCCUGGCACUUUUGGCAAUACUGCACAGAAACCAUAAGUCAGACGAUCAUACAACCAGUGCUCAUUUGUAGGUGAGGCUUAUGUGUUGUUGGUAAAAAAAAAAGGUUUGUCUAACCCCAUUACUUUGUUCAUUAUUUGGCCAAAACCAAAAAGUGUUACUUUGUGCCCUGCUCUCGCCUACUCAUAUUUCUUUUCAAUUUGUCUUUAUGUACUUCAUGUUUUUUGUUUGUUUUUUGGUGGUGCUAGUUUAUUAGACUUUUAUUGUAAUAUUGCUAUUAUAAUUAUGUGGUUUUAUUUAAAUAAUUGUAUUAACAAAACAAAAUAAUAAUAUGCAAUAAAAAGUUGUGUGAAUAUAGACCAUUUCAGUGUAGUGAUGUCAUUGGCCCAUGAACAUUUCCUGCUUGUUUUCAAAUUAUUUCAUAACUGUAACAGAAAGCAAUUCAAUCAUAAUGUUAAAACAGCUAUCAUAACAUUAUUUAUCAAUAUGUGGCUCUUUUUAGAUUCUCGGAAGCUGUAGAAAUUGAAAAUGUAAAAACAGGAAAUGCAUUGGGACCAUUGUUUUUGUUUAGAUCUAUCGAAAUGGUCUAUAGCCUAUAGAUCAGGGGUGCCCAUACUGUCUUGGAGGGCCAACGUCCUCCAUAGUUUACCCCUAACUCCAAUCAGACACACCUAAGCCAAGUAAUCAAGCUCUUACUGGGCUUGCUAGAAACACCCUGGCAGGUGUGUUGAGGCAAGUUGAAGCGAAACUCUGCAGGACACCGGCCCUCCAGGACCGAGUUGGGGCACCCCUGCUAUAGAUGUUUGACCUUUAUGUUGGACUUGGCGUUUUCUAAAUAAUUCACUGUGGAAAAUCAACUGUAAUGAUGAAGAUGAAAUAAAAUUUGUAAUGGUUGAA